GCGAGAACUCCUCCCGGAAGUUCCACGUCAGUCCGUCGGCGGGUCAGUGGUUCGGUGGGUCUGUCUUGGGACUGCUUCGCCAGUAGCAAGCGAGGACGCCCGGACUUGGACCAACGGAGCCAUGCCUCUGCGACUCGAUAUCAAGAGAAAGCUAACUGCUCGAUCCGAUAGAGUUAAGAGUGUGGAUUUGCAUCCUACAGAGCCAUGGAUGUUGGCGAGUCUUUACAAUGGCAGUGUGUGUGUUUGGAAUCAUGAAACACAGACACUGGUGAAAACAUUCGAAGUAUGUGAUCUUCCUGUUCGAGCCGCAAAGUUUGUUGCAAGGAAGAAUUGGGUUGUGACAGGAGCGGAUGACAUGCAAAUUAGAGUGUUCAACUACAACACUCUGGAGAGAGUUCAUAUGUUUGAAGCGCAUUCAGACUACAUUCGCUGUAUUGCCGUUCAUCCAACCCAGCCUUUCAUUCUAACUAGCAGUGAUGACAUGCUUAUUAAACUCUGGGACUGGGAUAAAAAAUGGUCUUGCUCACAAGUGUUUGAAGGACACACCCAUUAUGUUAUGCAGAUUGUGAUCAACCCCAAAGAUAACAACCAGUUUGCCAGCGCUUCUUUGGACAGGACUAUCAAGGUGUGGCAGCUGGGCUCCUCAUCACCAAACUUCACUCUGGAGGGACAUGAAAAAGGCGUGAAUUGCAUUGAUUACUACAGUGGUGGCGACAAGCCAUACCUCAUUUCAGGUGCAGAUGACCGUCUUGUGAAAAUAUGGGACUAUCAGAAUAAAACAUGUGUGCAAACGCUGGAGGGGCACGCCCAAAACGUGUCUUGUGCCAGUUUUCAUCCUGAGCUGCCAAUUAUCAUCACAGGUUCAGAGGAUGGAACUGUGCGAAUUUGGCAUUCAAGCACCUAUCGCCUUGAGAGUACCUUGAAUUAUGGAAUGGAGAGGGUGUGGUGUGUGGCCAGUCUGAGAGGGUCCAACAACGUUGCUUUGGGCUAUGAUGAAGGGAGCAUCAUUGUUAAGCUUGGUCGGGAGGAACCUGCCAUGUCCAUGGAUGCCAAUGGAAAGAUAAUUUGGGCCAAACAUUCAGAGGUCCAGCAGGCCAACCUAAAAGCAAUGGGAGAUGCUGAAAUUAAAGAUGGAGAAAGAUUGCCACUGGCAGUAAAGGAUAUGGGCAGUUGUGAAAUAUACCCUCAGACUAUUCAGCACAAUCCUAAUGGGCGGUUUGUUGUGGUGUGUGGUGAUGGCGAGUAUAUCAUCUAUACGGCAAUGGCCUUAAGAAACAAGAGCUUUGGGUCUGCCCAGGAGUUUGCGUGGGCCCACGAUUCUUCGGAAUAUGCAAUCAGAGAGAGCAACAGUGUUGUAAAGAUAUUUAAGAACUUUAAGGAAAAAAAAUCAUUUAAACCAGAUUUUGGAGCUGAAAGUAUCUAUGGAGGCUUCUUACUGGGAGUGAGAUCUGUCAAUGGCUUAGCUUUCUACGAUUGGGACAAUACAGAGCUCAUACGCAGGAUUGAAAUUCAGCCCAAACACAUUUUCUGGUCUGACUCUGGAGAGCUAGUCUGUAUUGCUACUGAGGAAUCAUUUUUUAUCCUUAAGUAUCUGUCGGAGAAAGUCUUGGCUGCACAGGAAACACACGAGGGGGUUACUGAAGAUGGCAUUGAAGAUGGCUUUGAGGUUCUUGGUGAGAUUCAGGAAAUUGUGAAAACAGGGCUGUGGGUAGGCGACUGCUUCAUAUACACAAGUUCUGUGAACAGAUUAAAUUAUUAUGUUGGAGGAGAAAUAGUCACCAUUGCCCACUUGGACAGGACAAUGUAUCUCCUGGGCUAUAUUCCUAAAGACAACAGGCUUUAUUUGGGGGAUAAGGAACUAAAUAUCGUUAGCUACUCCCUGCUGGUUUCAGUGCUGGAAUACCAGACGGCUGUCAUGCGGAGGGACUUCAGCAUGGCUGACAAGGUCCUCCCGACCAUCCCAAAAGAGCAGAGGACCAGAGUUGCACACUUUUUGGAAAAGCAGGGCUUCAAGCAGCAAGCUCUUACAGUAUCCACAGAUCCUGAGCAUCGCUUUGAACUUGCUCUUCAGCUUGGAGAACUAAAAAUUGCAUACCAGCUGGCCGUGGAAGCAGAGUCAGAACAGAAGUGGAAACAACUUGCUGAACUUGCCAUCAGUAAAUGCCAGUUUGGCCUGGCCCAGGAGUGCCUGCACCAUGCACAGGACUAUGGGGGUCUGUUGCUUUUGGCCACUGCCUCUGGAAAUGCUAGCAUGGUGAACAAGCUAGCAGAGGGUGCAGAGCGAGAUGGCAAGAAUAAUGUGGCAUUCAUGAGCUACUUUUUACAGGGCAAGCUUGAUGCUUGCCUGGAGCUCUUGAUUAGAACUGGACGACUGCCAGAAGCUGCCUUCUUGGCACGGACUUACUUACCCAGUCAGGUUUCAAGGGUGGUGAAACUCUGGAGAGAAAAUCUCUCAAAAGUCAAUCAGAAAGCAGCCGAAUCCCUUGCUGAUCCAACAGAAUAUGAAAACCUCUUUCCUGGAUUAAAAGAAGCCUUUGUUGUGGAAGAAUGGGUGAAGGAAACACAUGCUGACCUGUGGCCGGCCAAACAAUACCCACUGGUCACGCCAAAUGAAGAAAGAAAUGUUAUGGAAGAGGCAAAAGGCUUCCAGCCGUCAAGAUCUGCAGCUCAGCAGGAACUUGCUGGGAAACCUGCUUCUCCUACUCCUGUUAUUGUGGCCUCCCACACAGCCAACAAAGUAGAAAAGAGUUUACUUGAACUGGAAGUAGAUUUGGAUAAUUUGGAAUUAGAAGACAUUGACACAACAGAUAUCAACCUGGAUGAAGAUAUUUUGGAUGAUUGAACGUAAUGUUUCCCAUUUACCCAACUAAACAGAUUAUUAUUAUAAUGGACAGGUAUUGAUCAUUGCUCUGACCACAGUGCUUUGGACUCAGAAACUCCAUAGAUUUUUAUAUGUAAAUGCUGUGGCCUACACAGGAGCACAGUGCCCUCCUUAUCUUCAGAGGAGUUUAUGCCCAGCACCUAAAUCACUGUUUUACUUGUUAACUAAAACAACUGUGGGCUUUGAUUUUUUUCGUACUGUCAUUAGACCACAUCUCAUAAAAUCUUUUGAACUAA